GGUUGGAAAUUUUGGCAGCUGUCAUAAUUUCUUAAAAAAAAAUAGUUCAAAGAAUUUUUGGUUUUUGGUGAAAAAAAUCACUUUCCUGACCAAAAUUCUGUUUGAAGCAACCCAUCGUUGCAAAAUCCCCGUGGCACCGUCACCAAUCCUGCUGAGAGCGGCCAAACUAGCGAUGCUGGAGUGCGAAUUGGGUAGCAAAAUGAGCAAGGAGACUUCCGCUGCUGAGCGUCCGCGUCCAAACACGCUGGAAUUCUUGUCUAAAUUUGUUAUUUUUGAACCUUCCAUGGGUCAGGUGAAUGGGGAGCGUCCCGACGGAGGCCACCAACUGCCUGAGAAGGAGGAGAAGAGCGCAAUGCACGAGGAUAAUAUAAUUCGUGAAACAUGCAAUUGUAGCAUUUGUAUGAAGUACAGAGAAUGCAUUAUUCAGAUUUAUCUGGAAGAUCUCGAGUACAAUAUUCUCUGGGAGAGAUUGCAGCUCAUCAUCCGGAAGUACUAUGAUCUGAUUCCAGAUGAUCCAAACUCACCAUUGGAUCGAAAGUACCGGGAAUUGAUGAGCAAGAGUGCCACAAAGUGGCUGAGUGAUGGUCAAUUGGAUUUUAAGAAGAACAUCCAGAUCUCAUUGGGAUCGAAUCUUCCACUAACGAAUGAAAUGACCUUCAUCCUCGUGUUCAGUAUGCUCUACUCCCGGGAUCCGCAUCAGCUGUUUGAGCUUCUCUGCAUCCAGGUGCGGUGCCUCGUGAUGGCAUACGCCGAGGGGCUGAAGGAUAUUAUAAAGUACAAAGAGGACGGAGUGACGCCGGAAUUUAACUCACUGGAACUCACCCCAUACGUCCUGGAUGGGUACGAGAAGAUCUGCAAUGCAGCCACAGUCCUCACGCCGUUGCUGUUUGAGAAUCAAUCGGGGCACUUGCAGCAAUUCUCUCUCACGUGGAUUCUGCUCAAUAAACGCCUCUACCACAAGUUUAUCUCGUCGCAGGUGCAGUAUUUGAUCCCGCAGUGUCUGGCUCAGCUUCGAUUGAUCUCCUACGAUGACACCCCGUUGAUCCUGAAGCGAUACUUUGACUUUAGCGACGAAUUCAUGCUCACCACGGAGAUGUGGAAGGAAUCCUGGUUGCAGUUGCAGAGCUAUCAUAUGUCCCAAAAGGAUAUUGAGCGACGUCAGAGGAUUCUCACGGCACACACCUUCCUGGAGCUCAUUCGCAAUAGUCGUUCGCAUGGGGACACCACCGUGGCGACGGAUAUCAAUAGCGGUGUACUGGAUUGGCUUGAAUCUCAGGAUAAGGAGUACGUGUGGCAGAAUACCUUGGCGCACAUUCGCACAAAGUGGACUCCAUGCACGGAUAAGCGUCUUGCGGCCCCGCUGGAGCACAAUCAAUGCCUCCACUGCAACGUUGAGCUAGCUGAUCAUAAAUUACACUGUGAAUGCCGAACUUGCUUGAUAGCCGGUGGGCCGGUUUUCUCGCAGUCUGAGGAGCAAAACCUCAAGAUUUGUGCAAAAUGCUGCUUCAAGACGUUCGACCGGGACUACUUGACGCACGUCAUGAAGUUCAUCCACAAGCACGAGGAGAAGUACUUUGUGGAAACGGACAAAGGGCGGCAGUGCAUUUCCUUUGAUCUCUUCUCCACCGAUGGGGACGCCAGUGUGGCCACCCCAAAGCCGGAGAAUCAAAUAAUCUACCAUCUCUCGUGGGCUGUGUUCAAGCAUCUUCCCGGACGUGUGCCGUACACGGUGAAGAAGCUCGAUUUGCGGCAUCUCUGCAUGUUUCGCGCAACACCCUGCCGGAGGGUUGAGUGUCGUGUGGCGACGCACCUAAUUGUGGCUCUCUACCCCUUUAAGCUCACUAAAUUCCUCCUGAACUCCUACCAGCCACUCUCGGAGGAGCUGCGGAAGAAAUUCUUCCGGAAUCCCAAUAAUAACUCCUCAAAUUACCUCCAUCUCCUCUAUGAGGAUUGCAAUUUGGACACGGGAAUUGUUGCGUCGGUCUUUGCAGAGUGCUACCUCACGGAUUUCACCUUUCCCCCCGAUGAGGAGAUCUUCCCGUGCUUCCAGUUCCUGUUCAAGACAACCGGAGCGGAUAUUGAGAUUGAUCUAGGUUGGCUGGAAUGCAUUCACAUAACAAAAGCAAUGAUCUUGGAGUCAAAGGUGGACACAGCGGAGAAGAAGAGUUUAACGGAGGAAUGCCUCUCAGUGGCGGAUUUGAAGAUUCAAAUGGAGAAUUUGAAACUCAGUGGACCAAGCUGUGAAGACAGCGAUGAAGUUGACAUGAAGCUGGAUGCAAAGACCACGGCGGAUAAGCUGAUGAAGAGAUUCGCCGAAGGACUCGAGAAAGCCGAAAUGGCGGCCGAAAAGGCUGAAAAUCCCGAUCCGGUGGAUGUUAAACCGUCCAAGGAAUUCAAGACGGAAGUUCUCACGGAAGCCAUGAGGCUAGCACGAAGCCGAAAAUUAAAUAAGAAACUCGAAGCUGAGUUGAGGACGUUAAAGAAGGAACAUAGAUCCUCUUUCAGUGCCCUCAAGGAUAUGAUGCGGGAUUUAGAGCAAAUUAAGGAGAGUGAAAAUAAACUCCUUAAAACUGAAAAAGGCAGUGCGAAAUGUUGUGCUGACCAUUCGGAAAUUCUGGAAAAUUGCCGUGAGAAUCAUUCGAGCAAGUUGUGCCAUAAAGGCGAUGGCCAGUGCACGUGCUACUACUGCACAAUAUUCGGGCAUACCGUACGUAAAACUCGUAGUAAAAAUAGGGAAUGCAAUCAUGGGAGGAACAAUGAGACGCGUGAUCGUCUCCGGAAGAGGCUGCAUCAGAUACACAACAACAAGGAGAUGAAACCGUCACCGUUGAAGAAUUUUAAAGUUGCUCCGGGACUCUUUAAAAGUGUCGCAAAUACGGCAAAAAUGAAUUCGAGCACAUCAGCAGCAGCACCUCCUCCUCCAAAGGAAGCUCCAAGUGCUGUUGUAGCGGCAGCAGCAGUAGCGCCAGCAGCUAAUCCGGUUGUCCCACAGCCACCGAUUAAGAGGAAACUCCUUCCGCUAACAGCGAAGGAUGUACCACUAAUAAAACCCGCCACACCCGGAAGUUUAGUCAGUGAGGAGGUUGAAGGGAAGAUGGCUGCCAAACAGUCAACUCCAUCGUGCAAUAGUAGUGCUCCCUCAUCGGUGGGACGGAGAGAUAGUAGUAGUUGUGGCACUGUCGACGGAACAUCACCUCUCAAUGAUAUCUUGCAGUUUAUUGAAGGUGCCAAAGCACCCAAAGUCUGUGAUGGAAAGGAAUCCGAUAAGAAGGCGGCAAAGAAGGAGCGGCAGCGUCAGAAAAAGCUCGAACUCAAGAAGUUGGAUGAGUUGGAAGUGCUCAAGGUGCAAUUCCACGGGGAUUGUGCGAAGGAGAAUGAAGCUAAAAUGCACCUAAAGACCCUCAAGGCGGUAAAGAAGAAGGAUAAGAAGAAAAUUAAUGAGCAAGAUGCGGAAUUGAAGCGUCUCACGCGUGUUAAGUCAAAGACAGAAUCGGCAAUUUGUGAAAUAAUCUGUGAAAUUCGUGAGAAUAAUCCGGAAUUUAAUUUUAACUACCAACCACCCAAGGAUGUUAAGGUCAAAGCACCUCCGGCAAAGGCGCCGGAGAGUCAGCAGGCAAAGACACCAACGUGUACGGACGAAGCACCUCUGGUAGCACCACAGUUUGUGCCUAUGUCCAAGUCAACGGUCAGUUCGUACGUUACGUCGGGGCAGAACCCUUCGCAGAUGAACUGCGAAAUUUCCCUCGAUCCGACAAAGCGAAUGGUUACAAUUAGGCGAAUUAAUUUGCCCCAUGCUGAGCCACAGGUGACGGUGACGGCAAAAGGAGCUUCCCCGGAUAAGGAUCAACUUCUGUAUUCCUUCAUAAAUGGCCAAAUGGUCCCGGCGUCAUCGCUCGAUCCAUCAUUGUUAAAGAGCCUCCAACCGAGUGGCUACAACAUGGAAGAGCAAUACCACGCUAGUUUGCAGCAACACAAGCAAGCAAUGCAGAAUCAACCCACAUGCCAGCAACAGUGCUGUACUCUACCUUCCGCCCCACCCACCCAGCAGCAACUUCCUGCCCCCAAAGCCACCAAGACAAAGAAGGUGGAAUCACAAACAAAUAAUAAAUCUUCCGAUGUGAAAACUUUGCAGAAGAAAGAGAAUGCCGUGACUGCUCAAAAACUCUCCAAGAAGCUGAAAAAAGCCGAAGAAAUCACAGCAAAGGAGGCUGCAGUCAAGGAAACAGCAGCGAAGGAUGUCAAACUCACAAAGUCAACCAGCAAGAAGGAGGAAAAGGAGGAGAAGAAGCAAAAUGGAAGCAAUAAACCCAAGGCUGUAGCAAAGCAGAAUAGCAAGGAAGAGAUAAAGGCUGAGAAGAAGGAAGGAAAGCCCGAAGUGAAACUCACAAAAGCCGAUAGCAAUAGGAGUAAGCUCAAGAAGAACUCCGGAGAAGGAGCAACGAUGCAGGAGUCGAGACAAGUCUAUGAGAUUGAUCCGGAAUUUAAAAUUAAUAAAUUCGGUGUUUUGGAUACGGAUGAUUAUUCCGAUGUGGAAUCCACAUCGUCAGAUAUGCACAGAUCUCCGGUACAGAGAGUUGAAGUGCCCACAAAGGAAAUUCCCAAAAUACAGCCUAAUCCUCCGCAACCUACACAGCAGUCAAAGAGUAGGCAGAGGGUAAAGGAAGAACCCAAUAGGAUGGAGAAACUUCUCCCGGCUGAAAGUAAGAAGAGUACCAAGGGGAAGAUUCAGGAGAAUUUAGCCCCUGUUCAGGCUAGAAGUGUUCCGGAAGAGCAGCCCCCGCCACAACUGACGAAGAAACAAAAGAAGAAGCUUCUGCAGCAGGAGAAGAAUGCCAAGAUGAAAGCUGAUGCUGCUUCCGGGAAAGUUUCAGCGGAUAAGAAUGUUACACGAGCUGAAAAAGUGGCCAAGUCUCUCUCAAAAUCCAUGCUGAAGCUCCAUCUCAAUGCUGAUACAACCAUUGAGUUGGUCAAUGACUGCAAGAGUCCUGAUAAGCAAAAGGCAAACAACAUAAGCAUAAUGGAGCAGCUGAAUAGGGGGAUAAAAGUGGAAGGUUUGACCCUCCCACCGGGAAUUACCUUGACACGCGUUGAUCAAUCCAUGGCGGAGACGGUGAAGGCUAAGAAGGAAUCAAUUGGGCGUCUUUGUACCCCAAUUACGAGUCAACAGCAGCAGCAGCAGCAGCAGCAGCACGUUGAGCCCCCAAGACCACCCCCGCAUAUGCUAAUGGCGAAUGCAAUGAAUGGUGCUGUUCCCUGUGGCAUGGCACCCGAUGGUAGUGGGUUGAUAAUGGUUGAUCCAAUGAGUAAUAUACGACGAGCAGCUCCACAACCACCAGCGGCAGCAGCAGCAGCAGCAGCAGCUGAAGAGCCAGCAAAGAAGGGCAAGAAGAAGAAUAAACGUCGCGGCAAAGGGGCCAAAGAAGAGCUUCCAAACAGUCGCAAUAGACGCGAUAGUGAUGCCCAGAAGCAAACGUCGAAGAUCAUUACGCUGAGGAAUCCAAUGUUUCAUGCCGUUACGGAUGCCAUAAGGCAUCAAUCGGUGCCACUGAGGCCACAAUCAUUGCCCGGAAUGACGGGAGAUCCACCAGCGGCGAUAAUUAAGAAUGAAAAUGGAAUGUUCACCAUUCGGAAUCCAGCUCUGCAUCAAGCUCUGUCGUCGGGUGUUGGCACAAACUUCCGGCAGUACAGCCCCAAUGUGUACGGCGGUGGAUGCCCUACGGAUACCCAGGAGAACUUCUCUUACUUCUCCGACGGCAUGACAGCGGCGUGCAAUGGAACGCCGGCUGCGACAACAAAGUGCAAUUCAGCCAUUGGGAGUGAAAUGAGGAAUGUUCAGCAGAAGCAAAUGCCAUGGCAACCCCAUCAGCCAUCAAGCGAGGGAAAUAAUCAGCAGCAGCAGCAAGAUGAAAGUGCCUUCAAUCACAUUCAUACGCACUUCAAUCCUCAGCCCACUGGCAGGUCGUACUCACCGUUUGAUAAUCAACAAUCUUAUGGGUUCAAUGGGGACUUCCUUGGGGGCUCACGCGUGACUCAAUCGCACGGAUAUUUCAGCAGCAGCGGCGCACAGAUGAAUGGCAGCUCUCCCGGAAGCUACAGUGUCUUCUCCGGGAGUGAUUGUAGUGCAAAUCAUCAACCAAUUAAUACGCAGAGUCGCUUCUCCGGUGAUAUGGAUGAAGUGGAGCUGAGCACGAAGCUAAGUGAGUUGUCAUUUCUGCAGAAUCUUCAACCAGGACAGAGGCUCAACAGUGAGGUGACAAUUCACAACAUAAGCGAAUCGAAAUUUCUGCGCAAUCAAUCAUCUGCAGCUGCAAAUGUGGGCUCGAAUAAAGUGGAGAUUACGCGAAUUCCCAGCUCAACAGCAAAUUCAUGUGAUAAUAAUCUCAAUUUAGCCGUGGGAAGUCAUCGUGCGGGCCGACAACACGGUCCACGGAGGACCAGCAAUGGAUGCAGCAGCAACGGUACGGAAAUUCUACCGGAAUUCGGAGACAGCAUCUUUGCGCCGAAUCAGCAGGUGAAUCUGAAUGAGUUGGAAUCCGAGGAGAGGGACAUUGAGACAUUCAAGAGAUUCAACUACUACUUUGAGCCACCGAAGAAUAAGCCGAAAGUUAAUCUCAAUCUCAAGGAUAUUGUGUUGAAUAAGAAGAAAUGCUCCCCAGAGAGUCCCUCUAUGUUCUUCGGGGGCCCCGAUGGGAAUUCCAUAACGAGCACACCGAGUCUCGAUGAGAUGUUGCAGCAGGACUAUCCGGCAUCUCAGUCGUCUGACGAUGCUCCUCCGGGACUCCUCCAUGAGGGUUGCAAUGGGCGUGAUGGUGAUAGUUUGGUGGGUGUCAUUGGGAGUGGCUUGAAAGCUGCUGCAAUCCAUGGGAAUCUUGCGUGAAGAUUUACAUUUUAAAAUGAAAAAAAAAAUCCGCAGCUAAAGGACAUCCUGUUGGGUUAAUUAGAUUGAUUUCUCUUUUGUCCGUCAGCGCCUUUACUUUUGUCUUUAAAAAAGAAACAAAAAAAAAGGAAAAAUCCUCGAAUCUGACACGCUGUAAAAUAUUUUUAUUGUCCGUGGAUUUAGCACACACUCUUUUGCAUUACAUUUAGCAUGUUUGAAGGUUCUUUUUUCCGUUCUUUCAACUCGAUGAGUCUCUCCGGAAUUGUGCAUAGAAGUAAAAAAAAAUUAACAGAAAAAAAUGUCCUCGCAGAUGCGAAAAUGAAACCAGUUGGGAAGAUUAUUUGAAUCUUACUGCCAUAGUUGAUCAAUUUGUGUUUUUGUAAAGAAAUUAAUAACAAAUUAAAGAAAAUGAAGAAAAAAGAGAGAAAGAAAUGCUUUAAAUUGUUUAAAGAAGUGGGGGAAGAGAGAGAGAAGAAAUUGAGAAGGAUGGAAUGUCAGUAUUUAAGAAUGCAAAAAAAAAGAAAAGAAAUAAAGAAGGAGAUUUUAAAGAGAUAUCCUAAAGCAA